AGCGGGAUUAUUUUGAGCCGCGGAGGACGCUGGGAGUGUUUCGGCCCUGUUCCCCGGUCAAAAUGUCUGACAUGGAGGAUGAUUUCAUGUGCGACGAUGAAGAAGAUUAUGACCUGGAAUAUUCAGAGGACAGUAACUCUGAGCCAAAUGUCGACUUGGAGAAUCAGUACUACAAUUCCAAAGCCCUAAAAGAAGAUGAUCCAAAAGCAGCCUUGAGCAGCUUUCAGAAGGUGCUGGAGCUUGAGGGAGAAAAAGGAGAAUGGGGGUUCAAAGCACUGAAACAGAUGAUUAAAAUCAACUUCAAGCUGACAAACUUUCCUGAAAUGAUGAACCGUUACAAACAGCUCCUAACAUAUAUACGAAGUGCUGUCACAAGGAAUUACUCUGAAAAAUCCAUAAACUCCAUUCUAGAUUACAUUUCAACCUCCAAACAGAUGGAUUUACUUCAGGAAUUUUAUGAGACUACUCUAGAGGCACUAAAAGAUGCCAAAAAUGACAGACUUUGGUUUAAAACCAAUACUAAGUUGGGGAAGUUGUAUCUGGAGAGAGAAGAGUAUGGAAAACUUCAGAAAAUUCUCAGGCAGUUGCACCAGUCCUGUCAGACGGAUGAUGGGGAAGAUGACCUCAAAAAAGGCACACAGCUGUUAGAAAUCUAUGCUUUAGAAAUCCAGAUGUACACCGCACAGAAGAACAACAAGAAGCUAAAAGCUCUCUAUGAACAGUCUUUACACAUCAAAUCUGCGAUUCCUCAUCCCCUCAUCAUGGGAGUCAUCAGAGAAUGUGGUGGAAAAAUGCACUUAAGGGAGGGAGAAUUUGAGAAGGCACACACAGACUUUUUUGAGGCAUUCAAAAAUUAUGAUGAAUCUGGAAGCCCCAGACGAACCACUUGUUUAAAGUACUUGGUCUUGGCCAACAUGCUGAUGAAGUCAGGAAUAAACCCAUUUGAUUCUCAAGAGGCAAAACCCUACAAAAAUGAUCCAGAAAUUCUAGCAAUGACGAACUUGGUAAGUGCCUACCAGAAUAAUGACAUCACAGAGUUUGAGAAAAUCUUGAAGACGAAUCACAGUAACAUAAUGGAUGACCCCUUCAUCAGGGAGCAUAUUGAGGAGCUGUUACGGAACAUACGAACACAAGUGCUCAUCAAAUUAAUUAAGCCUUACACUAGAAUACACAUACCCUUCAUUUCAAAGGAACUGAACAUUGAUGUUGCGGAUGUGGAAAGCUUGCUUGUGCAGUGUAUACUAGACAACACAAUCAAUGGCCGAAUUGACCAGGUUAACCAGCUGUUGGAGCUUGAUCACCAGAAGAGAGGCGGUGCUCGAUACACAGCCCUAGACAAAUGGACCAAUCAGCUGAAUUCUCUCAAUCAGGCCAUUGUCAGUAAACUGGCUUGAUCGGCCACUCAAGAUCUCCAAACAGUUAUAGUUCACACGGCAGCCAGACGGGUCUGAGGGCUGUCAGUGACACUAACUCCUUUCAGGUCCUGUACCCCCGAUCACUGAUUGACAUGAAGUGUGUGCUUAAACUGGCUAGUUUGUGUUAUGCAGCUGCAGAUACUUAAGCCCCAACAGCUUUAUACAUCCUGAACAAAACAGAAAUGCCCAAAGGAAAUCUGCUCUUCUGAAUCUUCUGAAGUCCACUGUAACAAUGUUCUUUAGACUGUGGUGGAGUCAUCUUGGGAAGUGGAGAAACAUUAUUUUAAUCCCAUGUAUUGACAUUUGGUUAUGACAAACAUUUUGAAAGGUAUAUGUUUUACCUUUUUUUGGAGGUGUGAGAAUACUCUGUAAUAAACUGAAAAUGUUUCUGUUGAACACUGUCACAGCCAGCAUGUUUUAUUUGUUUUGCUGAAAGAUCCACUUUUCAAGUUUUAGAUAGAUGCACAGCAAUGCCUGUGAAUAAAGUACUGUCAUCACUAGAACUCCUCUAGUUUUCACCAGUGCAAAACAGUACAAGGGUGAGUUUCCAAAACACUGACCCUCUUCGGCAAUUGAGAGAAAGUGUGAGAAUGCGUUCAAGUAAUUCAGUUUAAUUGAUCUACAGUGCUUUUGGUAACCUCACCCCCGAUCAGAUAAGUUAUGCUAUGUAAGCUCUAUUGUUUCAUAUUUGAAGAACAAAAUAAAAGAUGCAUUUGUUGCUUCAGAAAA